CUCGCAUUGCGAUACCAAAAAGUCAAAAACGAACUUCUCUCUCUCCGUCAAUUCUUCGAUCUCUCUCUCUAUCUCUCGCUCUAGCAAUUAUCUCCGGCUUCUAUCUUGCUCCGACGGAAUCCAUCGGCGAAUCUCUCUCUCACACUCCAGCGGAAUCAGUAGGCGAUUCUCCGAUUUUAUGAUAAGAGCUAGGUCAUUCCGAGGAGCUAGCUGGGCGUAAGGGAGUUCUUCGUUUGCUGGCUCCAUGCAAAGAGGUAUUCAAAGCUUUGACGCUAGUUAAGAAACUAGGACCAGAAGUUUACGAAGGAACCGAAGGCAAUAUAGGGAAGCUACUUUGAGAUGUACCUGAGCUAAUGGGCGCCUUAAUCCACACCGCUAAAGAUGGGGACUGGAGUAGGCUGGCAGUGGUUUCAAAGUUGAGGCAGCUGAUGACAGAAAUAGAAGAUGAAUUCGUUGAGGAAGAAGAGAAGUCAGUUACCUUGUUUUUCAUGCAUGUAUGCUUAAGUGGGAACCUUUUUCCUUCCGUGGAAGUUAUGAUUGUGAGAGAAGCUUGCAUCUUUGCUGAUUCUUCGUCUCGAGCUCUCAAGGGUGCUAAGGAAUGCGAUGGAGAAAGUACCAGAACCAUUGGUGUGAUUGGUAAAAUCGAUCAAGUUGCUUCUGACCAGAAAGCCCUUGCAGUUGUUCAGACUCUUUUGAACUCAUUGGAGACUGCAUGGAAUGCAGAGAGUGAGAGUCUGAAGUCCAUACUGACUGGAGCACCAUAAAGUAAGCUGGGUAGAGUAGCUUUGGGGGAUGCUCUGGCAUAGUAGAUUCGUAAACGUAUGAAAGUUCGGAUUCCUAACCUCCUAUCAGGGUUUUGCUAGUUCAAUUUGUUGGUGUUUGUCGGUUGAACUAGCCAUUGAAGAAUUGGUUUCUUACUGGGAGAUUUCAUUAUCUACCUCAUAAAUCAUGAGGAGAUAAGUAAGAACAAGGGAGGAAAGAAUAGAAAAGCAAAGCAUGAAUCAAAUGGUUCUCAUUAGUUAUUUGUAUUCUGCAACUGCUCAGGAUUCAACAGUAGAACAUGUGAUAGCCAUUACCGCCAGAGGGAACAACGUCAUGUUGAUUGAAACCUCGCUGAUCACACUUUUUCAAGGCCUGUUCGUACACGUCUGCAGAGCUUGGUAGAAAGAUUAAAUAGGCCACUGUCGAACCAACCAGAACAUGAUCACAAGCUACCUCAAGGGCACCCUCAACUUCAGGGGUUUUGUGAUCUCGGACUGGUAAGGAAUUGAUAGGAUCACCAGGCUCUUGUGAGAAAAUAUUCUAUUAGGUUGAGUUUUUUGGUGUUAAGUUUAUGGCAAUUCAUGUUUAGCCAUGUGAACAAUAGUAUGGAUCAUGAAUCAUGAUACAGAUUAUGUAUUGAUGUAUGGUAUGAGUUUGGUUACUAUUGAAUAUAAGGUUCUGAUUUUGUUUAUAAUGACCAGAGUAUUUGCAACCAGAUUAUAAUCGCUAGUCUUUGAAUUGGCCUCUUU